CCCUAUAUAAAGGAGGCUCACGAUACUAAUAUAUUCUUACCUGACUCUAAUCUCUGGGAGUUUCCAGAAGCUACUCUCUCUUGGUUUUCAUCUUCGUUUGAUUGCUUGUCUAGGGUUUAUUGAAACCUCGGAAAAACUCGAGCCGAGCCAAGCCAAGCCAAAGCCUCAACGACUGGUGAUCCUGAAUAAGAGAUCAUGGCGGGUGGAAAUUUUAUGCACAGAGUUGUUUCGUACCUUAUGAAUGAGGUUCUUGUUAACAGCCUUGCAAACAGCCGUGCGUUCCAGAGGUUUGCUGUGAGGACGUCAAAGAGGAUUGAGGAUAUUUCAAGUAUAGCUGAGAAGAAAAAGCAACAACUUUCUGAACAGAUGAAGGAUCUAGCCAAAAACUUUGAGUCUAGGAAUCAGUGAUGCAUGGCGAUAGCUGACAUGGUGCUUAAGCAAGAUGUAAAUUGUUUUGUUCGGUUUACUUCUCAGUCUGUUAGAGCUGAUGAAAAUGGUUUUUGUAAUUAGACGAAGCUUUGGUUAUGAUCAUGUUAUAGUUCUGACAUUAAUAGGAGUUUUGGGUUUUGCUCCACCAGUUUCGUGCAAUGUAAGUUGUUCAGAUUCUGGCAUUGACAUUUUGAAAUUCGAUAGCAACUAUUUCAGGCAGAAAUUCUUGCUUCA